AUGAUUUUUGAUUCUUUUGGAAAUUCUCAAAAUAUUUUAAUUAAAUGGUUUCGUUUUUGGCAUAAUGAGGCGUAUCAACGUCAACAACAAUUUUUCUAUUUUUGUUAUAAUGAAAAACGUUAUUCGGAUAUUUUGAAUAUUAUUCUCAACAAACAAAAUCCCUAUCAUCUUGAUAGUUUACUUUUAAUGGCAGAUUUAAUUCAAAAUGAGGGAAAUAAUGAGCGAGCUAAUGAUUUUAUAGAACGUGGAAUUUUUGCCCUAGAAACUGCUUUUCGCCCUAAUUUUAAUUUAUGUUCCUGUAAUUGUCGAUUGGAUUAUUCUUGGAAGGAAAAUCGUCCAUUUUUUCUUUUAUUUUAUCGUUAUUUAUUAAAAAAUAUUGAAAAGAAUAAUUUAAAAACAUCUCUUGAAAUUGCAAAAUUAUUAUUUUCUAAAGAUUUUGAGGGCGAUCCAUUGGGAAUUUUACUUUUAAUUGAUUCUUUGGCAAUCAGAGCUAAUUGUCCAAAUUUUCUUCUUGAUUUUUAUGAAUAUUUUCUUAAAAGUAAACGACUUGAUUUGCUUCCCAAUUUUAGAUUCUCUAUAUCUUUGGCACUUCAUUUACUUGGAAUGGAAGAUGAGGCAGUUAGAAAUUUUGAAGAAGCAUUGGUAGCAUUUCCAUUUAUUCUUUCUCAAAUACUUGAUUUUUUACAAAUUCGAGCAGAUCCUUUAAUUGAGCGUAACUACUAUUUGAAUACAUUGGCUUCUUAUCGGCGAAAGCAAUUAUUUACUGGAUUACCUGAAAAUAUAGCAAGACAUUGUUUGAUUAAUGGUUUGUCCAUUCCUGAAACACUCGUUACGGAUGCUAAAUUAAAUUUGGGUGAAUGUAUUCAAAUUAAUCCUUGUCCUCCAAAUCAACAAGGAUUUGUAGAUAAAGAAGUUUCUGAAGACAUGGAUAGGUCACAACAAAACAAUUUAAAUGAAAGAAAUUUUGGUUUAUUUGUUUCUUUUAUACGUUCAAUUUUACCUCAACGAAUAUUGGAAAUUAUUUGUCGCUUCAUUCAACGUUUUAUUCCAUAA